AUUGUGACUAAAUUCCUUUCCUUUUGUUUGGAUAAAAGAGAAUUUUGUGUAUUUAUACUAUCCUUUCUUGUAUAAUUUGCUUUAUUAAUUCCUAGCUGCCUGCAAAGGGACCACUCUUAUUUUCAAAUUUUUUGAUUUGUCAUUUUCCAUGUCUGUAGUCUGUGUUGGUGAAACGAAUCUUCCAUGUGAUUGAGAUUGUCUUGGCUUUGGCAAUUUUCUAAAUUAAUUAUUGUUAAUAUGUACUGUUAUAGUAUAUAUGUGUGUUUGUGACUUCCUUGCGUCGAGGGUUUGUCAAAAACAACCUCUCUACCUGCCCUUGCCAGACCCCACUUGUGGAACUAUACUGCGAAUGGUGUUGUAUAUAUUGUGUGUUUGUGUCUUACUUUUAAAAAGCUACACAAUAUUGAGUGCUUGAUGAUGGCGUUUCUUCAAGAUCCAUCUGAAGUUUGUGGAACCUAAAGGAGUUGGAGAGAGGUAGACAACAUACACUUUGGGUUAGCUAUGGAUCAUAUACAGUCAAGGGAAAGUGAUUUCGAGGUAGAUUUAGAGAGUGGGGGAACAACUAGUGACGAAGAUGGCAGUUAUAACUAUGAUCUGACUGGUGAAAUUUCUAAUAAAGAGUCGUAUAAAGCGGGUAGUGGGUUUCGUGGAGUUCAAUCGUGCAAUGGAUCUGUAAGGAACCAAGAUGGUUCAAGUACAUAUAACAAGAUUUUAAGCGCUGAUGAGCUAUCAUCUGUUAGGCGUACAGAAAUUUGGUCAAACAAAGUGAAGGAAGAGAUGGAAAAUUUGGGGGACAACAAAAUGAAUAUCGAGAAGACAAGGAAGCCAAAGCCUCCUAAACCACCUAGACCCCCAAAGGGUCCAUCACUGGAUGCCUCUGAUGCAAAGUUCGUCCAGGAAAUAUCUGAGCUUGCUAUAUGGAAGCGUAGAAGGACCGAAAGAAUGAAGGCACUGAAGAAAAUUAAAAAGGAGAGCGGAUCAUCUUCGAGGAUGAAUAUAUUAGCAACAGUGAUCACAAUUCUGUUCUUCUUGAUUAUUAUAUUUCAAGGUGUUUUGGGCUCUCGUGUAUGACACCAGUAUGUAUGUCGCCUUUAAAUUCAGUGGAACCUUACCAUGCAACAACCAACUGCUUUACUGCAAGUCAAGAAUGCUAACCUAGGGUUACUUGUCACUUUCAACAAGGAGGCACGCUCAAUCAUUUUACUGUACAUAUUAUGUUUCAGAUUAAAGUGCCUUUACGAAAGUCUUGCUGGUAGAUUUAAAGUGUAGCUCACAAGUGUGUUAUCUUAUCCUCGAAUCUUCCUCCGGUCCAAAAAAAAAGACAGCAAGGUGAAAUGAUUCGAGGAAAACAAUGAUAUCAGAACAAGAGGAGCAGGUCUGAUGAUUUACUAAUUACUGCUCACUUCUUGCACCAAUGCAGAUCAAGGUUUGUGGAUGUAGAAUUAACGGAGGAACUGACUCAAACAAGUAAAAUCAUUUUGAAUCUUUUGGCUAAUAGCGUCUGCUACUUAUUGUACAGAAAUGUAACAAUUACUGUGGAUUUUGUUAAGGGUUCCUGAUAUUUGUAGGUGCUCUUAAAGUAGCUAGAAAAAGAUACCCUGAUUACAUGCCCCUAGGAGCCAGACAUGACUUUGGUGAUGUACAGGGGCCAUUGCAGAGCUUCACUUGCAGAACGCAACUACCGUAUCAUGAUUUGAGAUGUGCACCUUCCUAAUGUUUUGGUUAUGUUAGCCCUUCAUUUAUGUAUAGCACUUUUCUCUAUGUGAUUCGACUCUGAGGUCAAACAAACCCAAAGCGUUUGUUUCUGUUGCAGAUGAAAAGAUUUUCCAACAGAGAUAAGUUCAGUCAAA